AAGAAUAAACAUACGAAUAUCUGAGUAUUUACAUACAAGAUUUUCCUUCCUCACCCUCUGUGCCGUAUAAGGACUACCACUAGCUGUACAUGUCCACAUCUUCAGCCAAUUUCAUUGAUUCCUUCGUCAAAUCUCAGAGGGGGAAAUGGGUUUGAAGGAGGAAUUUGAGGAGUAUGCUGAGAAAGCUAAGACCCUUCCAGAAAAUACAACAAAUGAGAACAAACUUAUUUUAUAUGGGCUGUAUAAACAAGCCACUAUUGGACCAGUGAACGCUAGCCGUCCUGGAAUGUUCAACAUGAGGGACAGAGCCAAGUGGGAUGCAUGGAAGGCUGUCGAAGGCAAAUCAAAAGAAGAAGCAAUGAAUGACUAUAUCACUAAGGUUAAACAGUUGCAGGAAGAAGCUGCUGCUGCUUCUACUUAGUGUCUUGAACGUGUCUGUGCACCUGUUGGUUCCUUGUGUUGAAAAAGAAAUAAGUUCAAUAAUUACUUGAAGGGUUGUAAUCUGUUGUUUCUAUAUUUUCUGAACUAGUUUCAAACUUGUACUAAAAUGGAUUAAAACUAAUAUUUAUGAUAGUUUCUUGUGUGCGUUUAAAA